GGAAUGUGAGGCGCGGCGGGCCGCGGUGCGCACCGACGCUCGGACGGGCGAGGGGCGCAGAACCCUCGCUGACGCCCGGCGCCCGGCCGGGCACUCGCCCUCUGCCUCGCCCUUGCGCGCUCCCCGCGCCCUCCAGCGCGCCGGCGGGACCAUGAAGAAGUUCUCGCGGAUGCCCAGAUCGGAGGGCGGCAGCGGCGGCGGGCCGGGGGGUGGGGGGGGCGGCGGGGUCGGCGCGGGCUCUGGCUCCGGCGGCUCGUCCGUGGGGGUCCGGGUGUUCGCGGUCGGCCGCUACCAGGUCACCCUGGAGGAGUCGCUGGCCGAAGGUGGAUUCUCCACAGUUUUCCUGGUGCGGACUCAUGGUGGAAUUCGAUGUGCAUUGAAGCGAAUGUACGUCAAUAACCUGUCAGACCUUAACAUUUGUAAAAGGGAAAUCACAAUUAUGAAAGAGCUAUCUGGUCACAAAAACAUCGUGGGUUAUUUGGACUGUGCUGUUAAUUCAAUUAGUGAUAAUGUCUGGGAAGUGCUUAUUUUAAUGGAAUAUUGUCGAGCUGGGCAGGUAGUGAAUCAGAUGAAUAAGAAGCUGCAGACAGGUUUUACAGAAUCAGAAGUAUUGCAGAUAUUCUGUGAUACCUGUGAAGCCGUUGCAAGAUUGCAUCAGUGUAAGACUCCAAUCAUUCACCGGGAUCUGAAGGUAGAAAAUAUUUUGUUGAAUGAUAGUGGAAACUAUGUACUUUGUGACUUUGGCAGUGCCACUAAUAAAUUUCUUAACCCUCAAAAAGAUGGAGUUAAUAUAGUAGAAGAAGAAAUUAAAAAGUAUACAACUCUGUCAUACAGAGCCCCUGAAAUGAUCAACCUUUAUGGAGGGAAACCCAUCACCACCAAGGCUGAUAUCUGGGCACUGGGAUGCUUACUCUAUAAACUUUGUUUCUUCACUCUUCCUUUUGGUGAGAGUCAAGUUGCCAUCUGUGAUGGCAGCUUUACCAUCCCAGACAGUUCUUGUUACUCCCAUAACAUGCACUGCUUAAUAAGGUUCAUGCUUGAACCAGACCCAGAACGUAGACCUGAUAUAUUUCAAGUGUCAUAUUUUGCAUUUAAAUUUGCCAAAAAGGAUUGUCCAAUCUCCAACAUCAACAAUUCUUCUAUUCCUUCAGCCCUUCCUGAACCCAUGACUGCUAGUGAAGCAGCUGCUAGGAAAAGCCAGAUAAAAGCCAGAAUAACAGAUACCAUCGGACCAACAGAAACCUCAAUUGCACCAAGACAAAGACCAAAGGCCAACUCGACUGCUGCCACUCCCAGUGUGCUGACCAUUCAGAGUUCAGCCACACCUGUUAAAGUCCCUGUUCCUGGUGACUUCGGUAACCACAGACAUAAAGGGGCACUAAGACCUGGAAAUGGCCCUGAAGUCCUGCUGGGUCCAGGCCCACCUCAGCAGCACAGGGUCCUGCAGCAACUGCAGCAGGGGGACUGGAGGCUACAGCAGCUGCACUCCCAGCAGCACCCGCAGCAGCUACUUCCAGAUGCCUACAUGCAGCAGUACCAACACGCGAUGCAGCAGCAGCAGCAGCUGCUUCAGCAGCAGUUUUUAAUGCAGUCUGUGUAUCAGCCGCAAUCUUCUGCAUCACAGUAUCCUGCAAUGAUCCAGCAGUACCAGCAGGCUUUCUUGCAGCAGCAGUUGCUAGCUCAGCAUCAGCAGCCGCCACAGCAGCCCUCGCCUGAGUAUCUCACCUCCCCUCGAGAGUUCCCGCCAGCCUUAGUUUCCUACGCUUCGUCGCUUCCAGCUCAGGUUGGAACCAUCAUGGACUCCUCCUAUGGUGCCAGUAGGUCAGUUGCUGAUAAAGAGGCCGUUGCAAAUUUUACAAAUCAGAAGAACAUCAGUAAUCCACCUGACAUGUCAGGGUGGAAUCCUUUUGGAGAGGAUAAUUUCUCCAAGUUAACAGAGGAGGAACUGUUGGACAGAGAAUUUGACCUUCUAAGAUCAAACAGGCUCGAGGAGAGAGCAUCCUCAGAUAAGAAUGUAGACCCACUUUCCGCUCCACAUAAUCAGCCUCCAGAAGACCCCUUUGGUUCUGUUCCUUUCAUUUCUCACUCAGGUUCUCCUGAAAAGAAAGUUGAACAUUCAUCCUUGAAUGAAGAAAAUAGCACUGCAAAACAUACCAAGAAUGGAAAGGAAGGUGCAGUGUCUAAAGAUCAGCACACUAGAAAGAAACCCUCUGAGAAUUCGUCAGGACGAGGUCACAUUCAAAAGAAGAAGGAUGAAUCUGAGAGUGAUUUUGAAUCAGAUCCUCCUUCUCCUAAGAGCAGUGAAGAGGAAGAGCAAGAGGAUGAAGAAAUUCUUCAGGGAGAACAAGGAGAUUUUAAUGAUGAUGAUACUGAACCAGAAAAUCUGGGUCACAGGCCUCUGCUCAUGGAUUCUGAAGAUGAGGAAGAAGAGAAACACAGCUCUGAUUCGGAUUAUGAGCAGGUGAAAGCCAAGUACAGUGACGUGAGACCUGCCUACAGGGACACCCCUGGCAGUGGACCAACCCAAGAUCCCAGGCCAACGCUCCUCACCCCAACCCCCUUGCCCUCUGAUGUUGGGGCAGAGACUCCCAGACAGGAGGAGUUUGAUGUAUUUGGCGCCGUCCCCUUCUUCGCAGUGCAUGCUCAACUGGCCCAGCAGGGAGAGAAUGAAAAGAAUCUUCCUCCACAGAGGUUUCCCACCAUGGGACUUGAGCAAGAAGAGUUUGAUGUGUUCACAAAGGCCCCCUUCAGCAGGAAGGUGGAUGUGCCGGACUGCCGUGCGGGGGGCUCAGAGGCGCAUACAAUCCCUAGUUGUCCCAAGAGUGUAGAUAUGUUUGGCUCCACUCCAUUUCAGCCCUUUCCCACAUCAGCACAUAAAAGUGAAAGCAAUGAGGACCUUUUUGGUCUUGUGCCCUUUGAGGAAAUAACUGGGAAUCAGCAGCAAAAAGUCAAACAGCGCAGCUUACAGAAGCUGUCCUCGCGCCAGAGGCGCACGAAGCAAGACAUGUCCAAGAGCAACGGGAAGCGGCACCACGGCACGCCCACCAGCACAAGGAAGGCUCUGAAGCCGGCCUACCGCACUCCUGAGAGGGCACGCAGGCACAAGAGAGUGGGCCGCCGAGACUCUCAAAGCAGCAACGAAUUUUUAACCAUCUCAGACUCCAAGGAGAACAUUAGCGUUGCGCUGACGGAUGGGAAAGACAGAGGGAACGUUCUACAACCCGAGGACAGUCUGCUGGAUCCCUUUGGCGCCAAGCCCUUCCAUCCUCCAGACCUGCCACGGCACCCUUCCCUUCAGGGCCUGAGCGACAUCCGUGCUGAUCACAACACCGUCCUGCCUGGGCGGCCAAGACAGAAUUCACUACAUGGGUCAUUCCACAGUACAGAUGCAUUGAAAAUGGAUGAUUUUGGUGCCGUGCCCUUUACAGAACUUGUGGUACAAAGCAUCACUGCACAUCAGUCCCAACAGUCCCAACCAGUUGAGUUAGACCCAUUUGGUGCUGCUCCAUUUCCUUCUAAACAGUAGAUACUUCUGACGGAUUCUUGGCAUUAACUUCCUGUUUCAAAAAAGUAUGAAUAGUUUUAUGAAUUUGAAAGAAA